GGCUUAGCAACAGUCUGGAAGUGGACAAAAAAUGCGUCACCGUCACUUAAAAAUAUCUUGUGUGUGUGUGUGACCUUUGUAUUUUGCGAAUUCGUUAUUAUCCAUCGCUUUUAUUCCAAGGUAUUGCAUUAUCGUUGUAUCGGUGCUUGUAAUCAAUUAGCAUGAUUGCCAUUCGAUGUUGAACAAUAAUAGCGUUCGAACAUGAACAUACCGAGCUAUGAUGUUCCUGUGAUUCCGAAAGGCGGUCAAACGGAAGAUAAGAGGAACAGGGAUCUCGAAUUUCGUCGGACGUGCAUUCCAAGUGCAUGAGUUGUUUGGGGGCGAUGUACUAAAUUAUGAACGAAUCAGAAUAGGAGGGGCGUCGGCACGAAGUUACAGUAUCAGAUAUGAUAACACAAUAUGACAUUACUCAGAUAAGGUACUUCGGUUAUAAAAGUCAAUGAUUCCCGCCCAAUUUAUUCGUAUUGCCUAAUAUAAUUGACGCAACCAGACUGUUGCAGGACCGGACGAACGUUUUUUCUCAACAUGAGAGAGCUACUGAUUCUAAUGGCCAUCGCGUCGAUGGCAGCGGCCAUCAACAAUUACACGGAGUGCCCCGACACGGAGCCCUGGAGUUUGCCACACGAGUACGACUGCACGAAGUACUACAAGUGUUACAUGGGUAGAAAGUUCCAGUUUGACUGUAACAAGGACUCCAAGGGCAACUACCUGUGCUUCGACCCGGAGGAACAAUUGUGCUCCUUGUGGAACGACUGCAAGUGCCGAUCAUCGCACUGCGUAUCAUCGUCCGACGUUCAUAAGUGGGCGGAUCCCACCAACGAAGGCUGGUACUAUCAAUGCAAGAACGGGAGGUCAGAGCGUAUGCAGUGUCAGCAGGGUACCGUCUUCGACCCGGCGCAGCUCGAAUGCCGGACCAAGAGUGACAAGUGCACCGUGCCAGGGACCCGCUAUCCUCACGAAUGUUACUGCGAUUUGUAUUACGAGUGCAAGAACGGCCAGCUGACGGGACGGAGUUGUCCUACCGGUUGGUUGUUCGACGAUGUCCUUCUGAGCUGUCAGCCGGCUAAGGACGCGCACUGCGACGGCAAGAGACCGAACGACAACGGCUGCCCGGCUACCGGCAAGGCCCAACUACCCGACCCGGAGAGCUGCUACCGAUUCUACCAAUGCGUGGACGGCGUGAAGACGCUGCGACCGUGCCCAUACGGGACGGCUUUCGACGAGGUAAAGCUGAUGUGCAUCUGGUGGUCAGAGGCCACGUGUAGCAAGAAUGACUUCACGACGCCGAAGUCGACGUCUCACAGCUGCCUGAAUUGGCCGAAGUCGAAGAAGGCGAACAUGGAGGACUGCAACAAGUACUACGAGUGCGUCGACGGUGAAGUGCAGGAGGGCAAAUGCCUGGAGAAACACUACUUCAACGAGAUGAUACAGUCCUGCGACCUGGAAAAAACCGGCAACUGCAAGGAACAUACACCCAAGGACCAAGAUUGCCCCGACGUCGACUGCGGCAAGAAACGCUACCCGCACAAUAAUUGUGAGUGGUACUACGAAUGCCAAAACGGCAUUAAGCAGGAGAAAGUGUGUCCGAGUGGGCUCUACUUCAACAAGGACACCGAGAUGUGCGAUCUGCGGGAUAACGUCGAAUGCGCCAAUUGCAAAGCCGGCACACGGACUCCACACGAGUGCCAAUGCAACCAGUACUACGAGUGCAACAACAACGGGGAACAAACCCUGAAGACUUGUCCCGCCGGCAAGAACUUCGACAUGAUCAUUCUGGACUGCUUGCCCCAGGAGAAAGCCACUUGCCACAAACGUGGCCAUAACCCGACAUUAGACUGGCGCUAUUAACCAUCGACCACCAAAAUGUGGCCGAAUCCAAUUCAUUUAUUUCGCGACGAACGAGACUCGAGAACACACUCGUUUGUUGGCCGAAACGAGGAUCGUAGGAAAUAUACACAUACGUUGCAUGUGUUACCACCCUGUACCAUUGUACAGUUUAUAGAAUAUUAUCCGUAGAAGUACAAUCGGCAUUCUAAAACUAUAACACGGUGCCAACAUGGUAUCGAGCAUUACGGUUAGUAAUAGUACUUGUAAUAAACUUGGACUAGCCCGUGUAUCAAGAAACUCGUUGCAUCUACGUUUCGUAUUCUACUGUACCAAUGAAACGCAGAAUUAAAUCAACAGUAUUGCCAAGGGUCGCACUGUACAGAUUUUACAGAAAUAAAUGUAAAAGGGACGAUCGUC